AUGAAUUCAGAGGCAAUUAAUUUGAGAAUGGCUGCCAAGAAAACUAAUGAUGAGAUUAUAAAGGAAAUAAUUGAUUCUGGAAACAAGAAUGAACUUGAUUUUAUUCGGUAAGUAUGGGAACCAAAUGAAACCUCAACUUCUGCAUCUAUAGAAUCAUCAUUAAGUGCUGGAUAUGUUAAAAAGAUAAAAAUUGGAACCUACAUCAAUAAAUUCCUGGAUAGUUAAUUGCAACCAUAGGUUUAUUACAAAUUGAAAGAAUUGUAUUGA